AUGGGAAGCAUCGAGGAGCCCAAGAAGCAGCAGCGUCUGCGCUUGCCAUGGAUUGAGACUCCUUUGAUUGAGUCCACCAGUCUGUCCAAAGCUGCCGGAUGCCGAGUUUUCCUCAAACUUGACAACCUCCAGCCCAGCGGCUCUUUCAAGUCUCGCGGCAUUGGAAAUCUUGUCCGUAGCCAUGCUGCAGACCCGGCAAACAAGGGCAAACGGUUGCACUUCUUCAUCCCCUCAGCUGGAAAUGCUGGGUUGGGAGCUGCAUUUGCAGCCUCUGCUCUCAGCUACCCUUGCACUGUUACUGUGCCCCUCAACACCAAGCCGGUCAUGGUCAAGAAGUUGCAGCAGGCUGGUGCCCGUGUCGUCCAGCACGGAGUCAACCUGGAUGAAGCAGCUGUUCGCAUGCGUGAGAUGAUGAAAGAGCUUAGUGACCACCCAACCCCUGGCGGCACUGAGGUUGUCGCGAUCGAAUUACACCCAUUUGACCGCCAGCAAAUCUGGGAAGGCGUCAGCAGCAUGUCAGAUGAACUCGCAUACCAACUGCCUCCGGCUGAAGAGAACGACCCUUGUCUCCAUAAAGCGCUUCCUUGCGAUGCUAUCGUCUGCUCCGUGGGCGGUGGCGGCCUCAUGAAUGGCCUCAUUAUGGGAAUUGAGCGCCAGGCUCCUAUGCUCGAAGCUUCUGCCAACAACGCUUCUACCAACGGUACAACAUCCGCAACUACCACCUCCACCAGAGACGACAACAUCCAUAUCAUUGCUACAGAGACCCGCGGCGCUCAUUCCCUCGCCACAUCUAUCGAAAAGGGUUCCCUUACAUCCCUCCCAAAGAUCUCAUCGGCCGCCUCUUCACUCGGUGUCCUCCGCAUAUCUCAAAAGACUUGGGACUACUACAAUUCUCCCCCCAAGGGCAUCAAGACUCACUCCCUCGUUCUCUCGGAUGCGGACGCAGCCCGUGGAUGCCUUCGCCUGGCAGAAGAUGAGAAGAUCCUUGUUGAACUUGCUUGCGGUGUCUCUGUUGAGGCUGCCUUUGGACCCCAUCACCAACCCGAAACCGAUGCGCCGCCCGCAAAGAAAGUCAAGCUCAGUUCUGAGGGUAGCGCACCAGCCACAAACGGAGAGACAGUCGUUCCAGGAAUAAACAAGACGUUCCUUCAGCAGCUCAUCCCCAACUUUGGACCCCAGACCAGAGUUGUCGUUGUCGUUUGUGGAGGAAGCAAUGUCUCCCUCAGUAUGGCUGCCGAGUGGAGAGAGAAGCUCGAUGCUGGCUGGGGAAGCGAUGAUCCAGGCAGCAUUGUUGUUCCACCCACUUCUGCAUAG